ACCUGCUGUCUGUCUUUUCCUUUUAUUUGAUAGUAUAAAGAGCCCAAACUGAAGAAGAUUCAGACACUUUUGGAGUAGGCUUGAGACAGGACUUAGGUGUUCAUACACCUUGAACUUCAUACCUUUGGAACUGGGUAAGAGAUAGCAGUACCUAAAAGAUUGCUCAGGAGAAAUUAAUAGAUCACACCCUGUCACUGUUUGGUGAUGAAAAUUGAUAACCAAAGUGAUAAUGUGGCAAGAUGUGCACUGCAGAGUGCCAGGACAGGUGGGAGAUAGACACUUGGAAAGCUGUUGGCCUGCUUGUUACCAGCAGCACAUCUGAAAGAAUUUGUGUACAGACAAAUCCUGCACAGGGUGCUGCAACCCCACCUCAGGUAAUGGCAGGCCCUGCACCUGCUCAGGAUCAAUUAAAAUUAAUCAGUGUUUUGCAGGCACAUAAUUUUCAGGAAUGCAGAAGUAAUUAUUCAGAUGAAGAAAACUGAUCUGUCCCUAAGAGUGUCAAUAGUAAAGUUAAACCCCGAGUCCUCAGGUAAAACAAGGAAAGAAAGAGUUCCUUCAGAGAAAAGCUGUGUAAAAGAGGCUGGCCCAGAGCCUGUGCACCAUCCCAAGGGAGUGACACGGGGUGGCUUAGUAUGGACACAUUAUUAAAAGAUGCUGCUUUUCCAACCGUGUUUGCCUGUGCCUGAUCCAUUGAGGGAGCCAGACUGGGCCAGCAGAGAUCUGAAAUUCAGAAACUGAAACAGCUGCAGUCUGUGGCCAAGUCUGUGUCAUGGGGGAAGCCAUGCGAGAGCCCCGGGGCCAAGGCAGAGCUCUGAGGGACACCCCUCAUCCCCGGCCUGCAGCUGGACAUGGAGCCACUGCCCACAGCUCCCUGGCUCUGUCCAUCUGGCCAGUGGCUCGUGCCCUGAGUAGCCCAGCCCCCAGAGCCAGGGCUCUGCAGGGUGGGGCUGGGGCUGGCGUGUGGGGCCGUGUCCAAAGCCUCACAGGGGCCUGGGCACAGCAGGGGCUACAAGUGCCAAGUCCGUGGCUGCUCCGUGCUGCUUCCACCAGGGUCGGCUGUUGAAGGGAUGUCGGGUGUGGCCCUUGGUGACACAGGUGUGUGGUGCCAGGGCCCGUGGUGAUGCAGGACAUGGUGGCACCCAGAGGCCUUUGUGACAUGGCAGAGCCCUGCCCUGCCAGAGGGGUAUCUAAGGGGCGCAGAGCCCUGGGGUGCCCAGUCCCAGGAGAGCCGCUGUGUCAGGAGGAAGCAGCUCCCCUGAGAGCCUCUGUGGCAGAGCACGAUGGAGACACUCACAGAGGAGGUGAACCCCAACUCCCGCCCUGCCAUGGAGCAGCCAUGCCUGUACACAAAGCCCCAGGUGAUGGCCAGCCAUGGAGGGAGAGGAGAUGGAGGGAACUGGGAUGGGGUUGGAGAGCAGCUGCCUGGACAACAGGGCCCUUCCCAAAAGCAAGAUGUGAAAGUCCAAAAGCUGUACAAGCAGGAUGACAAAAGAGACCAAGAGCUGUCAGAAGGUGAGAUAGACCCAGAGCUGUGCCACCAGGAAUUUGAGAGACACCAAGAGCUAUCCAAAUGGCUGAACAUGAGAAUCCAAAAGCUGUUCCAAAAAGAAAACAACAGCAACAAAAUGUUCCCCCAAUGGGAGCACUCCAUUGACCAAGAGCUGUCCAAAGGAGAAGUCAGACAAUAUCCAGAGUUGUCCGAAGAGAGAGGCGACAGUGACAAAAAGGAGUCACAGGAGGACUUAGAAUGCAUCAUCAUCCACACUAUUUGGAUCAACCCCAAGUACCCACAGCUUCUGCAGGACCCCGAUGCUGCUCCCCAGGACUCGGCCAAGGCAGCCCCUUCUCCUGCCUUGGCUGAGCAGGUGAAGGCAGCAGGGGCACAGAGCCAGGGCCCUGCCCCACACAGCCCCUGCUGCCCCCCAGGCCCCUCAGCUCCCCAGCCGGGAGCCCAGGCCCUCAGGGAGCAGCCGGCUCCCCCCAAGAAACGCCCGUCCCGCUUCAGGCGGGCGCUGCGGGCGCUGCGGGCGCUGUUCUGCUGGCCCUGCCUGAGGCCACAGCCGGACAAUCCGUGCCCGCUGCCAGCGCCAGGCCGGGCCCCGCAGGUGGCGGCUGGCCCGGAGCCUGCCCGCUGUCACACGGGCUGCCUUUGAUGUCCAGGUGUCAGGGACAUCAGUUCCUUGUCGGGAGAAUGGCCUGCCUGAGGCUUAGGGCUUGAGAGGCACCAGUGAUGUCAGAGCCAAGGGCAGGUGCACAAAGCCUGGGGAGAAGGAGCUCCUGCUCAGAGGGGACACCAAGGAUGCAGGAGUGACAGCCACAGGGACAUUGGGCAGAGCUUCCCAGGUAGAACAAAACUCAUCAAGCCAACUCAGCAACUGUGCUGAAAUUGGCUCCAGCUGGGGAAAAGGUACUUCUGGCACAGGGAGACAGCGACCACUGAUUCCUGGCCCAGUGGCCCCAGAAACCCACACUGCAGUGGCCUGGCUUCCCACUGCUUUGUGUGCACAUUUCCCCAGGGAAUAAGCUGUGCAGCUUUGCCAAGCCGAUAUCCCAAGCAGUGGGAGCUGAAGCAAGUGACUCAUGACUGCAAGACGACAGCAUGUGAUGCAAGACACAAACAGGACAAACUGCUGAGAGAUGCAGUUCAUGACUGAGAGGUUUAUUCCCAUUGCCAGGAAAGGCCUUGUUCUUUUCCAGCUGUUAUCACAUUUCAUAAAACAAAUAUGCAGUGUGUGCAGAA